CUGCAAGGGGUUAACUAGUCGUUUCCUGGUUGGAGGCAAAAGGCGUGUAACUGUAUAGACUGUAGAGGAAGCUGUCAAGCUUCUGUUUUAAAGCAGAAUCGGUUCAGUCACCUACAACACCUCAGUGGGGUGAAUUAGAAGCGGAUACGGGACAAUAACGUCACUGCUCUCUGUUGCUCCUUUAAUAUUGCGUAACGCGCGAUGCUGAUAUGCGAACGACCAGCUGAUGCUUCAUAGCUCACGGCGGCCUGAUGGAGGGGACGAUUGCGGAUCUUAAAACAUCUUAGCAUCGUAGAUUGGACACGGAAGGGAUCAAACUAUAUCCAGACGACAUAUCACCAGCGGUUUGCUGUGUAUUGCAGAACGAGUUUAUUGGCGUAUAAAGAAGUAAACAGAGAGGAUGGCAGGCCCAGAUCCCCCGCAGCAGCAGGUUGAAGAGAACGCCGAGCAGAUAGAUGACGCCGAGCUGGCGUUUCAAGGCAUCAAUAUGCUGCUCAAUAAUGGCUUCAAAGAAAGCGACGAACUCUUCAGGAGAUACAGGACCCACAGUCCUCUGAUGAGCUUUGGUGCCAGUUUCGUCAGCUUCUUGAACGCCAUGAUGACAUUCGAGGAGGAAAAAAUGCAGAUGGCCAGCGAUGACCUGAGGACUACUGAAAAGCUUUGCGAGAGUGACAACGCCGGCGUCAUCGAGACCAUCCGCAACAAAAUCAAGAAGAGCAUGGACUCUCAGAGAUCAGGAGUGGCGAUUGUGGAUCGUCUUCAGAGACAGAUCAUCGUGGCUGACUGCCAGGUUUAUCUCGCCGUGCUGUCCUUCGUCAAACAGGAACUCUCAGCAUACAUCAAAGGAGGCUGGAUCCUCCGUAAGGCCUGGAAAAUGUACAACAAAUGCUACAGUGACAUCAGCCAACUGCAGGAAACCUGCCGGAGACGAUCCUCCGACCAGGAGGGGGCGCUGGCCUCUGAUCAUGCCAACCACAACACGUCAACUGAGAGUGGCGGCCGGGUAACAGAAGAGGUUCUGGAUCGCCUGAAGGGUUCGGUCAGCUUCGGCUAUGGGCUCUUUCACUUGUGUAUUUCGAUGGUGCCUCCACACCUGCUCAAAAUCGUCAACCUGCUGGGCUUCCCUGGAGACCGUCACCAAGGUCUUGCCUCCUUAGCAUACGCCAGCGAGAGCAAAGAUAUGAAAGCACCUCUCGCCACUUUGGCCCUCUUGUGGUACCACACCGUGGUGCAGCCCUUCUUUGCCCUGGACGGCUCCGACUCACGCGCCGGGCUCCUUGAGGCUAAAGCCAUUCUGCAGAAGAAGGCAAUGGUCUACCCAAACUCAUCUCUCUUCAUCUUCUUCAAGGGACGGGUGCAGAGAUUAGAGUGCCAAAUCAACAGUGCGCUGGCGUCAUUUCAGGAUGCUCUGGAGUUCGCCUCAGACCAAAGAGAGAUUCAACACGUGUGCCUCUAUGAAAUUGGCUGGUGCAGCAUGAUAGAGAUGAACUUUGAAGAUGCCUUCAGGUCUUUUGAGCGACUGAAGAAUGAAUCCCGAUGGUCGCAGUGUUACUAUGCUUACCUCACUGGAGUAUGUCAGGGGGCUUCUGGUGAUUUAGAGGGAGCCAAAGCUGUUUUUCGAGAUGUCCAGAAGCUUUUUAAACGCAAGAACAAUCAGAUUGAGCAGUUUGCACUGAAAAGAGCAGAGAGACUGAGGAAAGUGCCUCUUACGCGAGAGCUGUGCAUUCUGGGUGUUGUGGAGGUGCUAUACUUAUGGAAAGCUCUUCCAAACUGCUCUUCCUCCAAACUCCAGCUUAUGAACCAAGUGCUACAGGGGCUGGAUGACCAGUCAAGUCUGGGCCUAAAACACCUGCUUCUUGGUGCUAUUCAGAAAUGUCUUGGAAAUAUUAAAGAUGCUGUUCAGUCAUUCCAGCUGGCAGCACAGGAUGAAUACGGCCGUCUGAAUAACAGCUAUGUGCAGCCAUAUUCCUGCUAUGAGCUGGGCUGCGUGUUACUGGCUAAACCUGAGACUCUGAGUAAAGGAAGAUCAUUACUGCUUCAGGCCAAGGAGAACUACACUGGGUACGACUUCGAGAACAGACUGCAUGUCCGUAUCCAUUCGGCCCUCGCCUCCAUAAAGGAAGUGGUCCCUCACUGACCCCGUCCGACCUCCAAGUGCACCAUACUUCGACCGCUCCUGUCCAGCACUUUUCGAAACGAAAGCCAUUUGAAGUAAUCUUGCUUUUCUGGAGGGAGAAACCGAAAGUCAGCGGAGUUCAGCUGACACAGGACGUGCUCGCCAAUAUUUUUCCGCCUAGUAUUGAAUCACUGUUCAUGUACUUGUUGAUCCCAACGUUAUCGAAUUUUCACGUUCACAUUUACACCCACAUCAUAGUGCAGAUACACGGAUUUUGUGUGUUCAGGAUUGAUCGGAAGUGCAGAAAAACGUAACUCUCACAAAGAAACACGAUAAAUAGAGUAGACCAACUUUCCCAUAGCUUGCGCUAUCAUACAAAAUACAUUAGCAUGGGAUAGAACAUAGAUAACAUUAACACAUAAAAAUGAAAAAUGUAUUGUGUAACGCUUUAACCCUUUAAUAAAUAAGAGUAUCCAACCUUACCUGUAUGUUAAAUAAAGAUUGUAUGCACCAUUGUGAAGUCGAGUGAUCGACCGAUAUGAGACUGAAAUGGCCAGUACUCUGAUUUUACAUAAAUGUUCAAUUAUUUUAAUUUAUUAUUAUUUUUUUAAAGCCCAAUUUGUUUAAUAUCUAAAAACUGAUUUUACAUUAUUGCACUCAAAAAAUUAUAAUAAUUAUUUAUGGGGUUUUUUUUCUACCGGUUAGAAGUCUGGAAUAAUUGAGAUUUUUUUUUUAAUGGUUUUAAAAGAUUUAUUAUUACAAUUUAAAAUAACUAUUUUCUAUUUGAAUGGAAUUUAUUCCUGUGAUGUUAAAGCUGAAUUUUCAGCAUCAUUACUCCAGUCUUCAGUGUCACAUGAUCCUUCAGAAAUCAUGAAAUGAUGAUUUGCUGCUCAAUUAUCAAUUAUAAUUGGUGCUCAAAUAUUAAUAAUGGUAUCAAUGUUCAAAAUAGUUUCCACAAAAAUAUUAAGCAGCAAAAACUGUUUUUUAAACAUUGAUAAGAAAAAGAAAUGUUUGUUGAGCAGCAAAUCAUCAUAUUAGAAUGAUUUCUGAAGGAUCAUGUGACACUGAAGACUGGAGUAAUGAUGCUGAAAAUUCAACUUUGAUCACUGGAAUGAAUUACAUUUCAAAAUAUAUUAAAACAGAAAAUAGUUAUUUUAAUUGUAAUAAUAUUUUGCAAUAUUGCUGCUGUUUUUACUGUAUUUUUAUAAGAUAAAAUGCAGCCUUGGUGAGCAGAAGAGACUUUUACAUUAAAACAUUAAAAAAUAUAAAUUAUUCCAAAUAUUUGACCGGCUGUAUAUUCGAUAAAUAAAUAUAAAUAAUUGUUUUUUUGUUUUUUUUCACCACUUCAAAGCAGGCCAGAAUGGUCUAAUAUUUUUUCGUUGAAUCAGUCUGUCUGAUAUAUCAGUUUGUCACUGAUCUAGUUAAAGACAUUUUUACAGGUUAAAAUGCAUUGUAUUCAAAGCUGCUGGUUUUCAUUGUAUUUAUAGCAAGGUUUUAACACUAGGGUUGAUGAUUACAAAGGGGUCAAAAGGUCUAAAGUUCGUCAGGGGUCCUCUGGUGAUGCUAGAACAUAAAUUUGACUAAUUUCAUCUCAUCUGUUCCUCUGUGUAUUACGUUUGAGAACAGCAGCAUCUUUGCCAUAACUUAUGUUCUCUUGUCCUCUGCUGGACAGCAGACAUUUUCUGAAGUGCAGCCAUGCACAGAUACCUACUGGUCUUCCUCUGGGCCAGAGGAGGUCAUUUGAUUUUGGACCUUGUUUUUGACAAGCUGUAUGUUGUAUUUGGUUUUUUGUGCCAGAUGUUCUGUAACAAUAUUCUUGGCCCAAGCUUCUUAUUUGUAGACUUUUAACAGCACAUCAAUAUCUCCUUUUGAUGAUGUCACCUCUAAAUAACUUGAAUUGAUUUUGAGUCGGUGUAUAUAUUGUGAAAUUGUUGUGAAAUUUGCACCUUCUUAUUUUCUUGGCCCCGUAGAUGUAAUAUGUCUGUCCCUCCAGUGGGCGUUAUUCACUACUGUACAUGAUUCUCUAUGAAAAAGCCCCUCUGGUCUCUCUCUCGGUAACUCGAUCUGAAGCUCAAAACAUGUCUUCACUGUGAAAUGUGUCAAUAUUGGAUGUUCAGGGUAUUUAUACCUUGUGAGGACAAUAGAGUUAGGAAAUUUCAGUAAUAAAAUAACGAAACUUGCCAUCAAA